UGUUAACUUGGCCGUUGAGGACGUCUGCAUACUGCCUAUGCUGUGACUGAGUAAACGCUAUCAAAUCCGUGCUUUAUUAUGCAAAGUCUUCACUAGUUUCGGGGAAACAUCGAAGCCCAGUGAACAUAAGUACACAGACAAGAAGGAAGUGGGCAUUUGUGAUUUUAACAACUGAACUGAAUCGGUCUUGCCAGCUGCAGCUGUUGUGUUGGAGUUGGACGGUCAUCAAUUAAUUUUGUUUACGGUCAUUGACGGUUCACUUUUUAGCAGGCUGGCCUACUACUAGUACUAGAGCUAGCUGAGCGCAGAGUGCUGGUCGUCGAAUUUGAUCAUUCGUUAAACUAAAACUAGCACUCGAGUCGAGAUUGGAUUGCGAAUAGGAUUGCAAAUUUGCAUCGUUGAUAUCAAUUCCAUCUUAUUAUCAUUGACAUCAUGGACGGUGGACAUCACGGAGCAAUGAACAUGAGCACUAUGAUGCCCGGUAUGCAUUCUGGGAUGCACCACAGCGACAUGCCUGACGGAAUGACUCAUGGCCCUGGAAUGACCCAUGGCCCUGGAAUGACCCACGGCCCUGGAAUGACCCAUGGCCCUGGAUCAGAUCACAACAUGCCCAUGGGCCACUCGAUGGUGUUCUAUUUUGGUGACAAGGUAACAAUCCUUUUCCAGGGAUGGGAGGUCAAUUCCGUGGGAGCUCUGGUGGGUUCCUGCUUUGCCGUCUUCUUCAUGGCCAUGCUCUACGAAGGUCUCAAAGUUUUCAGGGAGACCCUCUUGCGGCGUUCGGCCGUCAACAUCCGCUUCCACAGCAUGCAGCUGUCUAAAGGCUCGGAGGCCAUGCUGACUGAGACCCACAGUGCCGGGGAAUCGCGCCUACUCAGCGGAAGUCAUUUCAUCCAGACUCUUCUCCACAUGGUCCAGGUGACGAUCAGUUACUUCCUGAUGCUCAUCUUCAUGACCUUCAACGGUUGGCUGUGUAUCUCCGUGGUCCUUGGAGCUGGCUUGGGCUACUUCGUGUUCGGCUGGAAGCGUGCCAUUGUAGUGGACGUUAAUGAACACUGUCACUAACACACAACAACAACCCCCCCUCCAACUGUCCAGUAUGCAAUUCUUCUGCAACCAAAUUAAGUCACUGACCAUGCAUAUAACACACCCAUUUACUUCCCUGAAAAAGAUUAGAAUAUCCUCUAGAGCUGUGAAUCGCAAUUGAAAAGGUGACAUUUAUUUCACUGAAAAUUUGGACUUUAACAUGAAGAAAGAAAAGAAAAUCCACUAUUGAGAAUCUCUGGCAUCAACAACCACCGACAUUGGCCACCAGAAUACAGAAUAUGCCACCCGUGCAAAUAGUGGCAACCCGUACGUAGUGGCCACCCGUACAUAGUGGCCAUCCUUACAUAGUGGCCACCCUUACAUAGUAGCCACUUCUACAUAGUAGCCACUUGUACAUAGUGGCCACUUGUACAUACAUGUAGUGGCCACUUGUACAUAGUGGCCACCCAUACAUAGUGGCCACUUGUACAUAGUGGGCACUUGUACAUAGUGGCCACCCGUACAUAGUGGCCACCCGUACAUAGUGGCCACUUGUACAUAGUGGGCACUUGUACAUAGUGGCCACCCGUACAUAGUGGCCGCUCGUACAUAGUGGCCACCCAUACAUAGUGGCCACUUUUCUGAGUGGCCAAACACUCGGGUUCACUAUGCAGAAAAACAUUUCAUUGGCUGGGCAAAUCCUGUUUUAACUACAGCAACACGGGAAAAAUAUGAUAUUUGUUGGCGCGGUCAAAUGGUGAUUUCCCACUAUUUGACAAGGGCUCUGUAAUUUUCUGUGGGAUUGGGGGAUGUGUGCGCAUUAAGUUGGAAGUUUUGUAAAAAAAAAACAAACAAACAAACAAACAGUGUUUAUUUUAAAUUGUGAUGUGUCCAAAUCACAACGAUGGGCAGUUGAUAAACUGCAGGAUAAUUUAUGCAGGAUGUCAAAUGUGAUGAUAAAUGAAAAAUUAUACAAAGUUAAUAGAAUGAAAAAUGACCGUUUUUGGAAAAUGAUGGCCUGCAGACGGAGUUGUGAUUUUAAUUGGUUUUGAUUUAAAUUGUACAAGUCCAAAUUGACCCCAAAAAAGCCACUACAACAACUUGAGUAAAUUCUAAUUCGAAAACCAAGAACCACUGCAAAGCCCUCCCCCCCCCCCAAAAAAAUGUGAGGAUGAUUUGGCGUGUUUGCUAAGAAAAACUAUCUGAUUUUGGCACUGUUCCUGCUUCAUCUGAAAAGCGUUGCUUAAGUCCCAGAAUUUUCCAUUUAACAGUAGAUUAAUACGGCCACACUAUGCCUUGAGAAACAAUUUUCUACCAAUGUGCCGUUUUAAAAUCUUAGUUUCCUCAAAGUACUAAUUAGGGUCAAAGCAACAAAGUAUGUUUCAUAAUAGGAAACUAUUUUUUUAUGGCAGCCAUCUUGUACUUCCCAUUCAAAUGUACAUUCCAGGAAUGCUGUCAUUUUGCAAACUUGAAGAGAUUCAAAAAUAUCAUAUAACAAUUUUAAUAUUGAGUUGUACCCUUCGCUAAUGAAACUUGUAAACAUUGUCUUUUUGUGAUAACAAAUUACAAACUUACUCAGAUGGGUUUAAACUCACCACCCGUUAUUUUAUAUUACUCGCAUUUAAGCAUGUUGUAGUAUGAGUGGGUUUUUUUUUCAGUUUGUUUUUCAGUUUUUUGCAAGUUGUGUCAUUUGUGUACAAAAUGGAUAUUGUGUUUUACCGUGCUUUGGGAGGUGCUUUUUUAAUUUCAAAUUUUCAACAAUUUUUAUUAACAACUGAUUUUGCAUGAGUUGAUAGAUUUAUUAGUGAAGAACCAGCUUCUUUCUCUUCACAUUGGGCCUGACGUUUCGAGUUUAAGUUUAGAAUUAUGUAUCAUCGGUUGAUUACAUGUUCAAUUUUGGGAGGAAUCUGAAUGCUUAAUUGCAAAAAAUUCUGGAGAAAAAGGCUUAUUGUUAUAUGGUGCUUUUGGCUUUAAAAAAAAACUUUAUGUGCGCUACUUUGUACAUUCAUCUGCCAGGCUAAUUUUAUUGAUAUUGAAAAUAUAUUAAAUUUUAAGUUGGUAAAUUUAUUGACAGGCUUGCUUCGUAAUCGGAAAGUGUAAAGAAGUUGUGUCAUUCAUGCAUUUUAAGUUUUUAUGAAUAGGUAAAAAUUAAGGAAGAUUAUUAAAAGAAAUAUCUUUAAUACCUGAUAUUCAGCGAUGGUUUCCAAUGAACAUAA